AUGUCCUAAUAUGGACACCGUACCUCAGCUUUUACUUAUCAUUUUCACUAGGUGGCUUGGACCUGUCAAUUCAGUAUCCAAGGUAAUUUGUCAGUCUGUAGGACCUAGUACGGCGUCUUCCACAGUCCUACCUGUCAUUCUCUUCAGUCUUUCACCCGGAGUAGCUCUCCACUGUUAUGUGCUAUUAAUCUGCAGUUUGAACUCUGCUGCUAAAAUGAUUUUAUAUAUUGGCUGUACCUUGUUGUUGGCAUCUGUGUUCAUCCUCGACACCUCACUUGGGGAGGUGGUGUUUCGUUGCCCGAGUUGUGCUGCAGAGCGCCAGGCUGGUUGCCCCGAAAUCAGGAUGCCAUGUACAGAGCUGGUGCGGGAGCCCGGCUGUGGUUGCUGCCCGGUAUGUGCCCGACAAGAGGGUGAGACCUGUGGGGUGUACACCGCGCGCUGCUCCACCGGACUUCGGUGUUACCCGAAACCAGACUCAGAGGUACCCCUGCAGGAGCUGGUGCAGGGACACGGGCGCUGCGGGCGAAGAAAUGACGAGGAGAGUAAAGGGAGUAACGAAAAUGGAGCUAGUGCAGAGUUUCUUGAUCAGUUGGAGGUGAGUCUGACUGAGGCCAUACCAGAGGGCCGCAAGACGAACGGUCAGCGGAAUGAAGCAAAGGAUUUGGCUGUGAUCCGACUCCGGCAGACCGAACAGGAACGUCAGAUGUGCAAGGGACCGAAACAGCCCCACACCACUGAAGUCAGUAAGAGGACCAGGCUAAAACCGAGUCUGUGCCAAAAGCAACUGGACCAGGUCCUAGAGAAGAUCUCCAUGAUGCAUAUCCACGAUGAGAAGGGACCCCUGGAGCUCCUGUACACAAUGCACAUGCCCAACUGUGACAAGUGGGGGCUCUACAACCUCAAACAGUGCAAGAUGUCUAUAAACGGACAGCGAGGCGAGUGUUGGUGUGUGAGCCCAAGCACAGGGAAGCCUAUUCCAAACUCCCCCAUGGUAAGGGGGGACCCCGAGUGCAAUCUAUACUACAACGAAAAUGAGGACCCCGUACCCCAAAAAUAGCAAGUAUUCCAGUAACCCCCACCACCACGCGUCCAGAAACAUAUGGUCUGGGCCCUCCAGGCAACAUGGAACUCCUGGAGAAACAACAGAUUAUAUAACUAUGCAAGCUAUGGAUGUAUAUUUUAUAGUUUGUUUUUAUACAGACUAUAAAGUCAAAUAUCACCAAUAUCACUUUUUAGAGUUUGGUGGCCCUUAUGGUUUUAAAAAUGUAAA